AUGGUCUUUGGACAACCUAGCACAAAGAAUUACGCCAGCAUAACAAACGCCACCUCGUCUAGUGUCUCGGAAUUUACUAUGUGCCUUUUUGUCAGAAUGAAGGAUACCAAUUUCAGUAGUGGCCAGUGCCUCUACAGUUAUGCGACUACUGGAGCACCUUUUGGGAAUGCCUUCUACGUUUGUCUGUUUUCCCCAGGAAUUAGGAUUUCUAUACACGCCUCGGGAGAUGAGUAAGUGAUAUGACAAACACGAUAAAGAAAAUUCUGUACUCGAAUCAAAUGGUCCAUCCAGCCUAACCGUAUCCUAGUCUUCUUAAAAUAAAGCGACUCGUUGGAGUAUUAAUAUCCCAACAACACUUGAGAACAAAAACAAGAGAACAUGGUUGUUAACAACCACGUUCUGUUGUUUUUGUUCCCAAGCGACCUAAAAUAAACAAUUAAACGAGUCUAGUGAUUUAAUCAUUGUUAAUGACAAAAUUUAGUGCUAUGGGGUGUUGAAAAUCUACACACUAUACUUUAUUUCAUGCAAAUCAUUUUGCCAUCUCCACCCGCAAAUAGCAAAAGCUAGACGAGGCAGGCGGAGAGGAAAGGUUACAGCAGUCAUAACAGAUAAUAUAAUAAUUGUAAAGUAACUAAAUAAACUAUCUGGAUAAACAAGCUAAAGUUACAAAAUAUAUAGUCUUACAGAAUGAUAUUACAAUCAAAUUUACUACUAACAGAACUAUCAAUUAUAUACAUUGAGUCGAGGAUGCAGAAUUUGCCAUUUUUUGUAGGAGAAUGGGCACUUCAACAUAAUCGUCCUCUGCUUCCAUUAUCGAGAGCAAAAAGUCAUGAAAAUUUUUCUUAAAAGCUCCUUUGGAGAGUUGACGAAAUUCGUUAGGAAUUGCGUUCCAAAGUUUAGCUCCAAACCUGGAAAAAGAAUCUUGAUUUAGAUUCAGUCUUGAAGUUUGAACAUAAUAAUUUCCAGACGAAGAAAACCUGGUCUCAUGCCUGUGCUUUGAAUUAGCUUUAGUGAAGAAAUCACAGAUGUUAGACGGAGCAUUCAUGCAGGAAACGUCAAACAUUAUAGAAGAUACUUUUUCAGCAUAUAACAUUUGUAGGGGUAGAAUUUUCGAGGAAAUAAAUAAAGGCACAGCAUGGGCUCUAGGUUCAGAAAAGUACAUCAAACGAAGGGCUCGUUUUUGAAGCACGAGGAUUUUUUUAAAUGGGUUUUGGCAGCUUGACCGAUGAAUCGAAUACAUGGAGCUUGAGAAUUUCCGUGAGCAAGAAAAAAUGCACAGUGAAUUCCCACAAAAACGGAGCCUUCUCUUUUCGAAUAAAAUAAAUGGCAAUGGAAUUUAAAAAAGUUAAGUGACAUUAAAAUAUCCUAAUAUAUCUCCCAUUCCAGCAGCUCACAUGUAGGAAUAUAUGUAUAUAUAUAUACACACACACACAUAUAUAUAUAUAUACACACAUGAAACUCAUGCACAUACGGCCUGCCAGCAGUUACCUGUAGCUCGUUGGAGGAGGAGUCAACUAGUGUAUCAAAUAUAGGUGAACAACCAAUCUUGAUGUCACAUUGAAUUGGACCGCAAUCAGUCAAAAACUGAGAGUUUCUAAUAUAGUUUUAAUUGUUUAUGUUCAUUUUGUAAGUGAUACAGACGCCAGAGUCAAAAUAAAUGAUACCAUGUGGCAUCACAUUUGUGUUACCUGGAAAAAUACCAAAGGCGACUGGCAGUUUUAUCUGGAUGGACAACUUCAAAGCUCUGGAACUGGCUUGAAGAAAAAUCAUCAGAUACCAGCCGGCGGAACAGUUGUCAUUGGACAAGACCAAGAUAAAGUCGGAGGGGGCUUUGAUAUCGAAGACAGCUUUGGGCCGGGUGAGGUAACAGAAGUCAAUCUUUGGAGUAGGGUUCUUUCUGGGGAUGAAACUGCAGCUCAGAAGGCAAAUUGUGACAUCGCACAAGCAGGCCUCGUUCUCUCGUGGGGACAGUUCAAAGGAAAAGUUACUGGUGUGAAAAUAGUCGAGCCUUAA